CACACACACACACACACACACACACACACACACACACACACUCACUCACUCACACACACUCACAGGGGGAGGGGGGAGGAGAUCUGACGCAGUCCGAGCCGCCGCCUCACUUCCACUCCCCGCUUCCAGGAAGAGACACCGCGGCGGUGAAAGUAAAGAGAAACGACCAGGGGACCAGGGGACCGGAGGACCAGGGGACCGGGGGACCGGAGGACCAGGGGACCGGGGGACCGGAGGACCAGGGGACCGGAGGACCAGGGGACCAGGGGACCGGAGGACCGGCUGUCGGGGCCAUGACGACGCCGCAGACGAGCACCGUGCGCCCGCGGCAGCGGACCUGUGGUUGGGGCUCUCACCCGGAGCUGUAGCCGCGGCGGGUCGUUCUCAUCGUGGAGGAGAGGAUGUGUCCGCGGCCACUCGCUCCUCCUGCUUCCGCCGAAGAGCUCGAUCACUCCCCGACCUCCCUCUCCUCUCGUUGAGGAGCAUGCUGCCCGCUCCGCAGCCAUGAGGACUCUCCAUGAAAACAAGGAGCAGGAGGAGGAGGAGGAGGGGGGGGAGGGGGGGUCCGGCUGCGGCGCCAUGGAGGACAAGGAGAACAAUCUGAAAACGGCCAGGUUGUGGAGAGAUGCCGCCCUCCGCUCCAGGAAGCUGCGGAGCAACCUGCGCCAGCUCACCCUCUGCAGCAAGGACAACCAGAUCACACUGCCGGAGGACAUCGACGAGGUGGAGCUGCUCAACCUGGGCAACAACUCCCUGCAGGAGCUGCCCGCCGGGCUGGGGUCCACCCUGAACAACCUGCGCAUCCUGGUCCUCCGCAGGAACAAGUUCACCUCCGUGCCCUGGGUGGUGUUUGAGCUGGGGCAGCUGGUGGAGCUCGACAUGAGCCACAACUGCCUGCGGAGCCUGUCGGAGGGCGUGGGGCAGCUGAGGGGGCUCAGGAAGCUGUGCAUCAGCCACAACAAGAUCCAGAGUCUGCCUGCUCACAUCGGAGCGCUGCAGUUCUUGGAGGAACUCGACAUCAGCUUCAACGACCUGCACGAUCUGCCCAGCUCCUUCUCCGGCCUCGGCCGCCUGCGGACUCUGGAUGCAGAUCACAACAAGCUGAACCAGUUCCCCUCGGAGAUCCUGGCCCUCAGGGAGCUGGAGGAGCUGGACUGCUCCGGGAACAAGUUCGAGUUGUUACCAGCCGACAUCAUGAAGCUGCGCUCCAGUAAAAUCCUGUGGCUCAGCAGCCUCCACAUGUCCACCUUACCUGGCACCUUCUGCCACCUGCACAACCUGGAGAGCGUGAUGCUGGACGGGAACGACCUCACACUGCUGCCGCCUUCUUUUGGAAACCUGCAGAGACUCAAAAUGAUCAACUUGUCCUCUAACCAGUUUGAGAUCUUCCCCCAGGUGAUCUUCAGCAUCACAGGAUUAGAGGAAGUUUACCUGAGCAGGAACAAACUGACUCACGUUCCGGAGGAGAUCGGUCAGCUGGUGAAGCUGGUGAACCUCUGGCUGGACAAUAACCGCAUCACGUACCUGCCUGAUUCUGUGGUGGAGCUGGAGAAGUUGGAGGAGCUCGUUCUACAGGGUAACCAAAUAGCCAUACUCCCAGAUCAUUUUGGAAAGCUAUCCAAAGUGAACAUAUGGAAGGUGAAGGACAACCCUCUGAUCCAGCCUCCAUACGAGGUGUGUAUGAAGGGCAUCCCUUACAUCGCAGCCUACCAGAAGGAGCUGGCACAUUCCCAGCUCGCCGUGAAGCCGCGACUGAAACUGGUCCUGAUGGGAAUGAAAGAUGCCGGGAAAACCAGGCUGAGGCAGAGCGUGGUGGGCAGAGCGCCGGACAAGACGGGAAUCAUGGGGAACAAAGGGAUCGAGGUGACGAACUGGGUGGCGGACGAGGAUCGCUGCCUCACGUUUCUCGUGUAUGAUUUGUCAGGGAAGCAAAACUAUGACCUCAUCAAACCCUUCUUCCUCUCCCCCGGUGCUCUCUACGUGCUCGUCGUCAAUCUCAAAACCUAUUCACCCAAGAACUUUUAUGCCCACGUGGGGUAUUUCCUCCACCUCCUCGGUGCCAAAGUUCCCCAUGCCGUGGUGUGCUUGGUGGGCACACACGCAGACCUGUGUGGAGAGGUGGAGCUGGAGGAGAAGAGCCUGGACAUUCACCGACAGAUCGGCCUGCAGGAGAAGAGGGACGUCCAGAGCCUGAGGAGCCAGGCUCUGCAGGUGGACCAGGCUCUGGACCAGGGCUACAACGUCCGCAUCUCCAGCCCCCACGUCCUCUUCUACGGCGUCUCGGACAGGAACCUGCGGCGGAGGAAAGCCCAGCUGCAGUUCAUGCUGAACCACCGUCUGCAGGUUCUGUCUCCUGUCCUGAGCGUCAGCUGCACGGAGACACGGAGGAACAUCCAGAGGCUGCGGGAGAAGCUCAUGUCUGUCGCAGACCACAGGGAGAUCUUCCCCAACCUGCACCGUGUGCUGCCAAAGUCCUGGCAGAUGCUGGAGGAGUUGCACUUUAAGCCCAAAGACUUGUGGCUCUCAUGGUGGGACUCGGCCCGUCUGGGCCUCCAGGCGGGUCUCACGGAAGACCGGCUGCAGAGCGCCUUGUCCUACCUGCACGAGAGCGGGAAGCUGCUGUACUUUGAGGACAGCCUCACGCUGAAGGAAUAUGUUUUUCACAAUCUUCCACGGUUCAUUGCAAUUCUCAACGUCUUCUUCCACAGGGACCAGUCCACGCUGUUGGACCGGCUCCUGUCGGAGGGGGAGAGGGGGGACAAGGGGAGGGUGAGUCUGGUCAUAGAGGACGAGAAGGGAGAGAACCUCAUGGUGACACAUCUGCAGCAUCAUGUGGAGGGCUUCCUGCAGCACGGCGUCCUGCCCUCCAACGUCAUCCGCCUGCUCCUCAGGCCGCUCAUUCAGACCCAGCAGGACCUGCACCUCAUCAUGGAGCUCCUGGAGAAGAUGGGGGUCUGCUACUGCAUCAACAAACCCCGUAGCAAGCCACUGAACGGAGCCACCGCCUGGUACAAGUUCCCCAGCUACGUCAGCAGCGAGGAGCCCCGGGCGGAGGCCUCAUCCAGCGGGAGCUCGCUGCCUCAGUGUCAGUUCUUCUCCGUGGAGCAGCUGCACAUCCAGUACAGCUUCCCCUUCCUGUUUCCUCCUGGACUGUUCGCUCGCUUCAGCGUGCAGAUCAACAGCCAUGUGGUCCAGAGGUCGGACGGACGGCACCAGAUCUCCGCCUAUCGGGGGAAAGUCCCCGUGGUGAUCAGCCACCGGCCGUCCAGAGGGGCGCUGCAGGCGGAGACUCUGUCCAUCGCCAGCCACGCCUCGUUGCCCAACAUCUGGACCGCCUGGCAGGCCGUCACGCCGCUGGUGGAGGAGCUGAACGCACUGCUGCAGGAGUGGCCCGGCCUCGACUACUCUGUUCACAUCCUCUGUUCCAAGUGCCUGAAGAGAGGCUCUUCCAGCCCGCACACCUUCCCAGGUGAGCUGCUGACUCAGCCGCGGCCCGAGGGUCUGACCGAGAUCAUCUGUCCAGAGAACGGCUCCGAGCGGGUCCAUGUGGCUCUGGUCUACCCCCCGACCCCCGCCGUGGUCAGCCCCUGUCUCAAGUGACCCCCCCCCCCCACCUCGGUGACCUGAAGACGCCCCUGCAUCACUGCCUCACCUGGACACGUGUCGUGUGUUGCAGGUUGUCCGUCAUGUUUCUGACACUGAAACGUUCUACAGAGUCUGACGCUGUCUGAUGUCGGGCGACCACGAGGAGACGACAGAGGACUCAAAGACGUGAAGACAGAAGACAGGAAGUGAACCUGCAGCACUUCCCCUGUGGACCUUCCUCUGAUCUGGUUCUGGUUCUGCUGCUGCGUCUUUAGUGUUGCUGAGGUUCAAGGAGGCUGUGGCUCCUCCCACUGGUGAGAGGCUGUAACUACAUGACAAAAGACUGUUCAAUAAAUAAAGGACAUUUUAUUUCCCUCUGACAGUCGCGCAGCUGUAGGUCCGACACAUUUGACACUUUGAAUAAUAUUUGAUUUCAGAACAUUCAGUGUUUUUCUGUAAUGCACAAACAAGAUGAAGACGUGGACGAUGUUUUCUGUCCUGUAACGUUUCAUAAAAUUGUUGUCAACACUCAAAUUAAUACGAUAAUUAUAAACGUUGCUGUUUGAUUGGUCAUCUCAGCCGACGUUGAUUCUGUGUCCUGACGCAGCUGAUGAGUUUGAGGAGGAAGAAAAUAUUCUGAGAGGAAAGUUAUACAUUUAUUAGAAAAGAUGAAUUAUGAAUUUUAAUCCUGCAGAGAAAUCGUCGCCGUGUCGCAGGUUGAACUUGUUCACUCUCUAAUCUCUGAUAUGUUUCACAGAUUAUUGAAUCUGAAGCCGAUUAUUAGCAUUAAUUUAUUUAUUAUUGUCUGGAUGCUGCAGAAGGAGAAAUGAUUUUUAAUCAGAAGAUGUUUGUUGGAGCUUUUCACUGUCCUUAAUCAUCUUCAUGAGAUAUAACGAGUUACUGAGGGUUCAUUAUCAUAUUAUUAUUAUUAUUAUUAAUAAUAAUGAUCCUGCAGAUGUGUUUGUACAGUAAAGACGAUGUGAAGUCGUCAGAGCUCAGUGAUAUAAAAUAUUGAUUUUAGUGUCACUUCACUGUACAUAAUCAAUAAGUGAUCAGAUCUGUCGUCUCUGUCUCACUGUUUCCUGCCUGAUGUAAAUAAUAUCUUUAUUUUUCUAUGUGGACAUGAGUUGUCGCCACUUUAUUUACAGUGUGAGGUCGUGCAUGAAGCACUGUGACGUGCACACACACACACACACACACACACACACAGACACACACACAGGCUUUUCUACAGUGUGUAACCUGCAGCACUACAUGAAAUAUACCAAAUACCAAUAAACCGACUACUGGCUUUAA